UUUCUCCGGAGCCGUCGGAGGGAGCUGGAGCGCUUCUCCCGAGUUGGUGAUCAAGCAGUCGUCGUCCAAAAUGCAGAAGUGAGUGGUGAAAAGCAGCAGAGCUGAUGGGUCAUGAGGAUGUAAGUGUGUUUGAAGGCUCUCACACCCUCCACUCCAGGACAGAAUCAUGAAUAAACUGGAGGACAAGCAGGACCAGAUGAUACCAUGAAGAGAAGUUUACAGGCCCUCUAUUGCCAACUGUUAAGCUUCCUCCUGACCUUGGCACUGACUGAAGCUCUGGUGUUUGCUGCCCAGGAACCGUCUCCCGGGGAAUCUCUUCAGGUCCUACCUUCAGGCACCAUGGUGACAGCACUGCUCAGCUCUACCAGACACUCAUCCCUGGCAGCCAUCCCCACCUCCGUGGUGACACUGAGCCCCCACCCUGAUGGGUCCUUCUCACAGGCUGAAGCCACCAUGGCAACAACGACACCCCAUCCAGAUGGACAUCCUCCCCCAAACACCGUCUCUACCAUUAUGGAUACAGCGACCACCCGCCAUGCUGAUGGCCCCCAGACCACCGAGCCCCUUUCUGCUGCCAUGACAACCACCUCCUCGCACUCAGAGGGCCACCUCCUGGGGGAGGCUGGGCCCACCGUCCUGCUGACAAAGCCAGCUGCAACCACCAGCCGCCCCAGCACAGCGCCCCCCCGGGCAAACACGCGCAGGCCCCCCAGACCUCCCGGCUCUGCCCGAAAGGGGGCUGGCGGGUCACGCCCUGUCCUCCCUGCACUCGGCGGCCACGGGGGAAGGAAGGAAGGCCAGCGGGGCAGAAACCAGAGCUCCACACACCUGGGGCAGAAGCAGCACCUGGCAAAAACCUUUCCGCUCUUCAGAGGCAACUCCACAGGGUCUGCGGAGCCUGAGCCCUCCACCCUCACCCCCAGGAACCCACCCUGGGAUUACUCCUCCUCACCACAGAUCCAGACAGUGGCCCGAGCCACGGUGCCCAGCAGGACCACGUGGGCACCAAGCACUACCCCCUUGGUGCACGCAGAAGACAAGCCAGGCCUUAGCAGAGCAGACCCAGGGGGUGGUCCCACCUUCACCAGCCCAGGAGCGCAGCCCGAUGCCACAGCAGCCUCAGGUGCCCCUGCCAGUCCACAAACUGCCCCAGUGCCUUCUCAGCACCCCCGUGGUGACCCACAUGACAGCUCCAGCCACAGUGACUCCUGGCUCACUGUCACCCCUGGAACCAGCAGACCUCCAUCUGCCAACUCGGGGGUCUUCGUGGCCGCCACGGGGCCCACCCAGGCUGCCUUCGAUGCCAGUGUCUCAGCCCCUUCCGAGGGGCUUCCUCAGGGAACAUCCUCAAUGACAUCCUCAGCCCACCCACCCGGGAUCUCAGAAAGCACUGUCUCCCCAGCCGAGAAGGAAGCUGUGGCUGCCCCCACCGUGAUCGACACAGUACCCAGUCCUCUCUCCACAGUGGUGUCCACGGCCACAGGCAACUUCCUCAACCGCCUGGUCCCUGCAGGGACCUGGAAGCCUGGGACAGCAGGGAACAUCUCCCAUGUGGCCGAAGGGGACAAACCCCAGCACAGAGCCACCAUCUGCCUGAGCAAGAUGGACAUUGCCUGGGUAAUCCUGGCCAUCAGUGUACCCAUCUCCUCCUGCUCUGUCCUGCUGACAGUGUGCUGCCUGAGGAGGAAGAAGAAGGCUGCCAACCCCGAGAACAACCUGAGCUACUGGAACAACGCCAUCACCAUGGACUAUUUCAACAAGCACGCGGUGGAGUUGCCCAGGGAGAUCCAGUCCCUGGAAACCUCUGAGGACCAGCUCUCAGAGCCCCGCUCCCCAGCCAAUGGCGACUACAGAGACACUGGGAUGGUCCUUGUGAACCCCUUCUGCCAAGAAACACUGUUUGUGGGAAACGAUCAGAAACGAGGUGGCCAACACAAUCGCUUGGGAGAAGACUCAUCCCACGCCACCCCCCUCCAUUGUAGAGCUGCUUGGGGAUCAGCACAUGGACCUGCCACCUGGCUCUCCUUUCGUGUCCCCCUGCACUGCUCCCGCCAUCGGUGGGCGGCCUCCCCCACCCACGCUGCGUCCAGCUCGGUUGACAGGCGUCAGACCCUCAGAGGCACGAGGAGCUUGCGGAGACGGCUGCUUCUCCAUUUCUCCCCUAUAGAUAGUGGCUGGGACAGAAGACAACUGCUCCGACACUUCCUUUCUCUAAAAGAAAAAUAGUUUGAUAGUAUAUAUUUUGAAUAUAGAUGUUCUUAUAGUCAGAUUGGGAAUUGAACUUGAAUGUUGAUCCAUAUGUUUGUGUUGUUGCUGUGGUCUUUUUAUCAUGACUUUUUUCUUUCUUCCUACGUUUUCCUUUCAAAAAAAGAUGGCCUUCAAAAAUGUGUGUUCUCAAUGUUGUACGAACGUACUUAACAUGAGUUUGGUGGUUGUCUCUCUUUAAAGACUUCAACCCACAAAGAAGCAGGUUAAAUGUUGCUCUGAGAUUCAUUCUCUAGUGAGCUGCUGUCUGGCAUUUUAUCUUUAUGAUAUUUCUGUUAGCUGUUACAUUAAUCUAUCAAUGUGUGUGUGUAUAUAUAUAGACAGAAAUCUGUUUGUAAAGUAAAAUUUAUAU